GGUUUUCUAAAUAUUCGUUUUGUUUUUGUUUUGUUAAUGGAAGUUGCGUUAUGAAUUAAGCUCAUAUUCCAGCAUACAACAUUGUUAGUCCAGUCCAGUAGGUGGCGAUACUCAGUAGCCGUGGUUUGCAACUUCUAACCGAAGAGGAAAACAAUUCGUUUGCUCAACUGAAUGUGACCCAGCCUAUGUGGAUUCUAGCUUGCAGUGUGAAAUGGAGGUGGAAAGCUUUGUGUCCAAGACACUAGAUCUUCUACAGGAGGAGAGAGAAGCGGAGAUUGAAGAGACAAGGCUAUGGCAGGAGAACAUAUCUCUGAAGGACCUCCAGAGUAAAGGGGUUUGUCUGCUGAAACUGCAGAUAGGAAGCCAGUCAACAGGCCUCUAUGGACGAUCACUCAUUGUUCUAGAACCCAGAAGACACAUGGGAGUCUCUAUUCUACCAAGCAACAACUUUGGUCCCGGGGAUAUUGUGGGUGUGUAUGAUUUGGAUGGCUGUAAGCCGUCCUCGCAGGUCUGCACUGGUGUGGUGACUCGGGCCAGUCAGUCUGCAAUAACGGUGGCAUGUGAGGAUCCUCCGGACAGACUCAACCUGGACACGGAACUCUACAACCUCCUGAAGCUGGCCAACGACGUCACCUACAAACGUAUGAAGAAGGCCUUGACCACCCUGAAUGGAUACAGCAGUGGACCGGCCUCUGAUUUGAUCAGCGUCCUCUUUGGCUAUUCAGAACCCAGCUGCAAUUCACAACCAAGCGAACUGUCUUUCCUGAACACCGGCCUGGAUUCUUCCCAGAGAGAGGCAGUGUCCUUCGCUCUGUCCCAACGGGAGGUGGCUGUGAUACACGGGCCGCCAGGAACUGGGAAGACCACGACCGUGGUGGAAAUCAUCCUGCAGGCAGUCAAACAGGGGCUGAAGGUCCUGUGCUGUGCUGGUUCCAACGUGGCCGUAGAUAACCUGGUUGAGCGCCUCGCCAAGGCCAAGGCCCGGGUGCUGAGGCUCGGCCAUCCCGCCCGCCUGCUGGAGUCCAUUCAGAAACACUCUCUGGACGCUGUCCUCGCUCACAGUGACAACGCCAGCAUCAUCGCUGACAUACGGAGAGACAUGGACAAAGCUUUUAUGGGAAUGAAGAAGCAGCGUGACAAAGGAGAGAAGAUCCACCUGAAGAGGGAGGUCAGUGAGCUGAGGAAGGAGCUGCGGACCAGAGAAGCCGCCGCCAUCACUGAGGUCCUGAAGCGGGCCGAUGUUGUUCUGGCCACCAACACCGGUGCCAAUGACACUGGGCCUCUGAAGAGCCUGCCUGCGGACCACUUUGACUGGGUAGUGAUCGAUGAGUGUGCCCAAGCCCUGGAGAGCUCCUGCUGGAUCCCUCUGCUCAGGGCCAGGAAGUGCAUCCUGGCUGGAGACUACAAGCAGUUACCGCCCACCAUUAAAUCACAGACGGCUGCUUCCAAAGGGCUGUCGGUCAGCCUGAUGGAGCGGCUGGUGCAGAACCGCGGGGACUCGGUGGUGCGGAUGCUUACCGUUCAGUACCGGAUGAACAGGGACAUCAUGACCUGGGCCUCCGACCACAUGUACCAGGGAAAACUCACAGCUCACGGCUCUGUGGAGAAACACCUGCUCAGGGACCUGCCGGGUGUAGCCAGUGUUGAGGAGACCUGCACCCCUCUCCUCCUCAUAGACACAGCUGGCUGUGGCCUCAAUGAGACUGAGGCGACAGACGAACAGUCCAAAGGAAACCCAGGUGAGGUGGACAUUGUGGAGCUGCACAUCAAAGCGUUGACUGAAGCUGGAGUGAAAUCCAAAGACAUCGCUGUUAUCGCCCCGUACAACCUGCAGGUGGAUCUCCUGCGCCAGCGUCUGUCAACAAGACAUCCUGAUCUGGAGAUCAAGAGUGUGGACGGUUUUCAGGGCCGCGAGAAAGAGGCCGUGGUGUUAACAUUAGUCAGGUCCAACAGAAAAGGGGAGGUGGGCUUCCUGGCUGAAGACAGGAGGAUCAACGUGGCCGUGACUCGGGCCAGACGUCACCUGGCCGUGGUGUGCGACACGAAGACCGUCACGACCCACGCCUUCCUCAAGACCCUGGUCGACCACAUGACCCAACACGGAGACGUCCGCACUGCCUUCGAGUACCUGCAGGACAUCGUCCCUCAGAACUACACCAGGGACCACAGAGGGACCAAGGCUAACUGCGCUAAAGCUAAUGCUAGCAGCUCCUCCUCCUCGUCCAGCAAGCAGCAGCCCCGGGGCCAGGCUGGAAGCAAGGUGGAGCCGGGAAACAAGAAGGCAUCGGGGGGGAAAGGGUCCCAGAGAGGGGACCCCCAGAAUGGUUCAGGUCCCAGCACGCACAGCCGGCCCGGCCCGUCCACCGCCACCGAAGACGAGCAGAGACGGACCCUGGUCCAGUACCAGGAGAUCAAGGACCAGGUGGAGCGCUUCCUUCAGGACCAGGACCAGGCCGAGCUGCGAUUCCCCUCCACCCUCAACUCACAUGACCGCCUGCUGGUACACCAGGUUGCAGAGGAGCUGGGGCUGAACCAUGAGAGCCAGGGAGAAGGGAAGGACAGGUUCAUCGUCGUCUCCAGACCCCCAGCAGAGCCUCACCAAGCCAGGGAGGAUCCACAGCCCCUGCAGCCAGCCGCCGGGCUGGAGGAAGAGAGGAACAGUCCUGAUCCUCCAGGAGGUCUCUUCAGUCAAUCCGCUGUAGAUCUGAAGAGUUUACACCUGGAACGGAUGAGGAGGGAAGAGAAGAGGAGGCAGGAGAAGAAACAUCUGGAGAAUGUCCACAAAGGACAUCAGACUCAGAUGGCUAAACAGGCCAAAGCCAAAGGAAAGACCAAAAAGACCAAAGCUGGAGCCUGUGAGAUAGUGGCUGCUGCGAUGCCAGAUGAUGACUUUGACAGCCUUAUAGCUGCUGUGGUCAAGGCAGAACGUGUCUGUAGUUUCGUGAAGUGUAAAACGUCUGUUGUUCACCUGGGACAGCUCUGUUCCUUCUGCAACAGACAGUACUGCCUCGGGCAUCACAUACCAGAGGUCCAUGGCUGUGGUGACCUCGCCAAGGCCAAUGCCAGGAUGAGGAUCAGCAAAGAGGGGGUGCUGUAUGCUGGUAGUGGGCUCAAGGACAAGUCCGUAGACCCCAACAGGAAGGCUUAUUUGCACAGGAAACUGGACUCCAGACUCAAAGACAUGGAGAAGCAGAGGAAAACAAAACCCAAAGAAAAGGAGACUAACUAAAGUAGAAGAACAUUCAGAUUGUCAAACUCUGUGGAGAACUACAGUCUUCGGACUAUAGAGCUAGAUUUAUUAAACAGAUUACCACUAAAUUA